GCGGAGGGAUAUAUUUUUCCACAACUAAACUGAUCAGGGGAGGACAUAGACAUAGGCUGUCAGCACAGAGAGGUUUAAGGAAGACACCGAGGAAGACCCAAGGCCCCAGUAACAGCUCCGGGCUUUGUAGUAAAUUACUACAAGAGCCCCAUCGAUAUUAUCACCUAUAUUGGCAGUAAAAUACAACAAGCUGCCAUGGCUACAGCCCCAGUGAUAGGAGCCACACAUUUGGCCUCCAAGGUGGAGCUGACCAUCUCCUGUGACCGCCUCUUGGACAUGGACAUCUUCUCUAAAUCGGACCCUCUGUGUGUCUUAUACAUCAACACUUCAGGCUCCCACUGGUAUGAGUUCGGGCGCACAGAGAUGAUCCUGAACAGCUUGAAUCCGAGGUUCGCCAAGAAGUUUGUCAUGGACUAUUAUUUCGAGAUGUUGCAGAGGAUGAAGUUUUGCGUUUAUGACAUCGACAGCGACAGCCAUAAUCUAGAAGAUGAUGAUUUUCUGGGAGAGCUUGAAUGUACCCUGGGCCAGAUUGUUUCCAACAAGCAGAUGACUCGCACUUUGACGUUAAAGGAUGGGAGGCCUGCAGGUCAUGGAACCAUUACAAUCUAUGCUGAAGAAAUGACAGACAACAGAGUGGCACACUUUGAGGUAUCAGGCCGCAAGCUGGACAAAAAGUAUUUGUGGUGGUCCGACCCUUUCCUGGAAUUCUACAAGAAGACUGAAACCGGAUGGCUGCUUGCUCACAGGACAGAGGUGAUAAGAAACAACCUAAAUCCAACAUGGAAACCCUUCCGAAUCUCACUACGAGCUCUCUGUGGAGGAGAUGUGGAGAAUCCUAUAAAGGUUCUGUGCUACGACUAUCACGUCAACGGCUCUCAUGACCUCAUCGGGGAAUUUAAAACCACACUCGCGGAAUUGCAAACAGAAACGCACGGUUCCCUGGCGGAAUUCAAAUGCAUUAACCCAAAAAAGUUGAGGAAGAGAGGCUAUCAAAACUCUGGAGUCAUUUGCAUCAGGCGAUGCCAGAUAGAGAAGGAGUACACCUUCCUGGAUUAUAUUAUGGGGGGCUGUCAAAUCAACUUCACUAUUGCCAUCGACUUCACAGGCUCCAAUGGUGACCCUCGAACUCCAGAGUCCCUCCACUACAUCAACCCAGAGGGCUUCAAUGAAUACCUGACAGCCAUCUGGGCAGUGGGUAAUAUCAUCCAGGACUAUGACAGUAACAAGAAGUUUCCUGUCUUUGGGUUUGGAGCUCAGAUCCCUCCCACCUGGCAUGUUGCCCAUGAGUUUCCAGUCAAUUUUGAUCCAGCAAAUCCUUUCUGUGAUGGCAUAGAGGGGGUGGUGCAGGCUUACCAAAAGUGCCUACCUCAGAUAAAGCUCUGGGGACCCACCAACUUUGCUCCAAUUAUCAGCCACGUUUCCCGCUUUGCCAGACAAGCUCUCCACCAGAAUAUGGCCUCACAAUACUUCGUGCUGCUCAUCAUCACAGACGGAGUGAUCACAGACAUGGACAAGACCCGCACCGCAAUCGUAGAGGCCUCUCGUCUGCCAAUGUCUAUCAUCAUAGUGGGUGUGGGUAAAGCAGACUUCAGCGCAAUGGAGUUCCUCGACAGCGAUGACAGACUGCUGCGUGGGCCCACCGGUGAAGUCGCGGCACGAGACAUCGUCCAGUUUGUACCCUUCAGAGAUUUUCAAGUAAGCUGCUGGUCACCACUAUAUACUACAGGAAACAGUGUGGCCCUCGCACAGAGCGUCCUGGCAGAACUGCCCGAUCAAGUUUCCUCCUUCUUCAAUUCUUACAAGCUGAAACCCCCUAAUACACUGAACGUUUCAGGGCCAUCCUGGAAAGACUAACCAAAAUGCCUUACAUUUAUAAAAUGCAUCUUCUGUAACCUCUGUCUGUUUUUAUUGUAUGGAAAGGCAUGAAUCACUGUGAAGAAAUGUUUACAGCUUGUGCUGUUAUAUGAAAGUGGGGUUGAAAACAAUAUGAAUAAAACUGUGUGACCCAAAUCUGUGAUUUCAUAAAGUUUUCAAACUAACAUAUUAAUAUUAAAAAAAUGUCUGUGACCAAAGAGACAAUGAUGGCAUAUUGUGCAUGAUAACACAGAACAAUCAGAAUGAAAUGAAUCAGAAUAUUGUCUGUGCACUGGAAAUGUAUCAGUUGGCAUGUGGAGAUGGCUUUGUUGAUUAAGUGUCAUUAUUUCUUGUACAUUUCUUUUCUCUGUUGUACCUUAACAUCUUUUUAAUAUUAAUGUAAUUAAUCCAUUUUAUGCAGAAUUCUUACAAUCUUACUCUGAGAUAGCAGCAGACACUACAUAAUGGAAACAUAAUGUAAAAGUGCGAUUACAGGAACAAUCAUGCAUGUGGAAGUUUGUCCUUAUAUAAGUCUGUGUAACACUGCAAUUAAAGGCCUUUAUUUUAUUGUA